AUGGUCUUGAUGGGCUGGGGCGGCGCAUCAGGGCUACAAGCCGUCGUGGGCAUUUUCUUCUUUACCGGUCCCGUGCUGCUCUUGCUUUCCACAAUUUUUCUCUGGAUCCAGGCACAGUUCUUUCCCAUGAUGGUCUGCGGUCUCUUUUGCGUCUUCUGGCUUUCCUUCGGCGUCCUCCAACUACCCACACUUGGUCUCGCAGCUUCCUAUGGCGGCGGUGAUGCCGCAGCGGGUGCAGUGUCGAAGGAGAUGAACGCUGUGAUAGCAUUGUAUCUCCUGGUGUGGGGCUUCGCACUUGGCACAUUUUGGCUCUUCACCAUCCGCAUUAACCUCGUUUUUGCGGGCAUCUUCGGGUUCGUAACGGUUGGGGCGUGGAUUCUAUCUGGCGCGUACUGGGCGCUGAGUAAUGGGCAUUUUCAGAAGGCGCUGCGGUUGCAGAAGGCUGGCGCAGCGAUGCUCUUCAUCGUGGGAUUGCUGGGAUGGUAUAUGUUGUUUGUGAUAAUGGCGGCUGAGAUGAGGUGGAGGGUUUGUCCUCCGGUGGGAGAUUUGAGUCGGUAUUGGGGGAGUACGGAUGUAGAAAUCGCGGCGUUGGAGGGGGAGAAGAGAGAGUGA